AAGCCCUCACCCGGCCGCCGCCGCGGCGGCCGGCACUAACCAUGGCGCACGGCCCGAUAACCAUCGACCGGGCACUAAUGUCCCUCGACUCCCCGCCGGUGGAGUUGGAGAUCGUCGCCUCCUCCUCUUCGCGCGUGACGCCGCGCCCGCCUGCGCAGAUACAGGCGGGCGACGAUGGCGCCUCCGACGGCGGUGAGGGGGGAGCGGAGGAGUUCAAGGGAUCCACCGAUCAGGAACUCCGGGCGAAGAUCGCGCGCUUGCGCAGUCUCCAUGGUAAUACAAACGACCGCGGCGAGAAGUCGCGGAAGCUCGUCCGCCGGGUGGAGAAGGAGCUUGAGCGCCGCCGCACUGCCGGGCAGAGGAAGGUUGAGAUGGUUCGGAGACAGCCGGUGCAGACACCCAGUGGGAAUGAUCCCAAUGCCUCAAAAAGUGGUGAUGAGCGCAAUUGCAGCAACUUCGGUGGCAAACACCAUCUGAAAUCACAUUUCACUCCACGUACAAAGAAUGGCAAGGAUGAUGGAGUUGCAUUCUCUGAUGAGAUGGCCUAUUUUACACUUGGGGAAAGAGCAAGAAGACCAGUGAAUCAUGAAUCAAAAAGUCGUACGGUUUGUCAAAAUACUACUAAUAAUAGACUUCCAGAUAUGGAUGGUACGAGGUUAGGUUUGAAGAUCUGUACCAAAGAUCGAAAGAAAAAUAGCAACGUUGGGCCAAAGGGUAUGUCCAAUAAACGACAUACGGAAGAUGACGCUAUUGAGAUUGUUACCAAGAGGAGGGGCAAUUCUAACAAUCGGACCUACCAAUUCGGGAUGGUAAAUAAAAGAAACGAAAAGAAGGAAGUAGUUCUCUUGGAUGAUGAAGAUACAGAACCUGCUAAAAUAGCUGAUGUUGAGAUGGCUAAUGAGUGGGACAAAAAGUCAGAGAUCUACUAUCCAUCAAGAACUGAUCCGGAAAGUGUUGGGCUGACAUAUUCUGACAUAGAAUGUCUUAAACCCACAGAAUAUUUAAAAUCACCUGUUAUCAAUUUCUACAUCCAGUACCUAAAAAAAUCCCGGCCUUGUGACGACUUGUAUAUCUUCAGUACAUAUUUCUAUAGCAAACUUGAAAAGGCAUUAUCUGGGACGGGUAAUUGCGACUCACAGUUUUGCAAGUUAAGGAAAUGGUGGAGAAGUGUAGAUAUUUUUAAGACACCAUAUGUACUUUUGCCUAUACAUGGAGAGAUGCACUGGAGCUUGGUUAUUAUCUGCAUGCCCGCAAAAGAGAAAGAAUCAGGGCCAACAGUGUUUCACUUGGACUCUCUAGGAGUGCACUCCAGUGACAAGAUUUUUGAUGUGAUUGAGAGCUACCUCAAACAAGAAUGGAGCUAUCUACAAGAGGAUCAGUCUUAUGAUAUUCCCUUUUCAGACACGAUAUGGAGACGUCUUUCAAGAAAUAUACGCAAGCAAAAAGUCGAGGUGCCGCGCCAGCGAAAUGAGUAUGACUGUGGCAUCUUUAUGCUUUACUACAUUGAGAAAUUCAUUCAAGAAGCACCAGAUAGAUGGACAAGAGAGCGACUUUGCAAGUUUGGGCGCAAAUGGUUCAAUCCUGAAGAAACAUCGGGGCUGCGGGAGCGAAUGCGAGCUCUUCUGUUUGAUGUGUUUCAGAACACUCUAGUCAAUGAACAAAAUUCAGAGACAGAGUCACACUCCUGUGAUCACUCUGAAGAUGACGACAAGGAUGAGGCUGUGACUAUUAUCGCCUGAAUGUAGCAAUGGAUGAACGGUGUCAACACAAAGAUCGUACUGCAGUUUCGCAUGAGGAUUUCACCAGCACUGUAAUGCGGAACGUUAUGGUUGCAUGUUGCUGUAAUGCGGCAAUAUAGCUUAGACUAAAGGUCACAAUGGAUGUGACCAUAUAUUUUGCCAAGCGGGUCCAGCUCUAUAUGCCAGGGUGGUCCAACAGUGCAAUUGUCCAUAUAAAUAUACUUAAAUUCUCUUCUAUGAUAUAUAGGCGACAUGGAAAUCUUAGGGUGGUGGACAGAGCUCACCCCCCAAGAUCUGCCUCAUGGGGACGAUGAUAUGUUUGCCAGUCGUGCUUAGCAAAUAAUCCUUGUUGCAACCUUACAGUUUAAAUUUUGGCGGAACGAAAACUGUAGCUCAGUGUUACAUUUUGACUGAAAGUCACAGCAAACUUACAUGCGCUGACUUUUAAAUUUUAUGGUAUUACUAUUUUAUCCA